AUGCUUCCUCCGAUCCCCGUCCUCGCCGAUUACGGCAUCUCACCCACUCACGGCUUUCUGCCCAGCACUCUCCCUCUCACCCGUCUACCAGAUCCUUACUACAACAAAUGGGAGGCUAUCGUGGCAAAUCUACAGGCUCUGAUCCUCAGUCGCCGGUUGCGCGGCGUCAUCGACCGCCUGCCGGUGCUGUCGACCGUGGGCCUGGAGCACGAUGCCGAGUGGCGUCGAGCAUAUUCACUGCUCUGCUUCAUGGCCCACGGAUACAUCUGGGGCGGAGAUUCACCCUCGGAUCGACUGCCGCCUCAAAUCUCGAUUCCGCUGCUGGAUAUUUCGCGCCACUUGGAGGUUCCGCCCGUGGCGACUUAUGCAGCCGUUUGCCUGUGGAACUUCAAACCGCUAUUUAUGGAUGAAGACAUUGACAACCUGGAGAACUUGGCCACGCUCUUUACGUUUACCGGGGCAAUUGACGAAUCAUGGUUCUAUCUCGUCUCGGUGGCCAUCGAGGCCCGCGGCGCUCCCAUCAUGUCUCUCAUGCUCACUGCCAUUGCGGCCGCGAGACAAAACGACUCUGCCGUUGUUACACGGUGUCUGCGGACUUUCGCUGAGCGCUUGACUGACUUGACAAAUAUUCUACAGAGGAUGCACGAGAGUUGUGAUCCCGUAAUCUUCUACAACCGCAUCAGGCCUUUCCUUGCCGGAAGCAAGAACAUGGGUGAAGCCGGCCUGCCGUUUGGAGUCAUUUACGACGACGGCACAGGCAACGACAAAUACCGACAAUACAGUGGAGGAAGCAACGCGCAGAGCAGCUUGAUUCAGUUUUUCGACAUUGCCUUGGGCAUUCAGCACCGACCUACGGGUGAAAAGAGAGAUGCCUCAUCCGAUUCAGACAGCCGUGGCCGAAGCGCAAAGCACAACUUUAUCCAGGAGAUGCGCAAUUACAUGCCAGGUCCCCAUGCGCAGUUCCUCGAGGAUGUCUCUCGCGUGGCCAAUAUUCGCGAAUACGUCCAAGAACACACUGAAGAUACUCAGCUUGCCCUCGCCUACGACGCCUGUCUAGCCAUGUUGAGCGCCUUCAGAGACAAGCACAUUGCCAUUGUCACACGCUAUGUCAUCACUCCAUCUCGCCAAGUCCGCGCCCGCAGCAGGUCUCGCAGCCCCGAAGUCGCUCGCCGGCCUCUCAAUCUUGCCAUUGCCUCUCGCAAGAGCGAAGGAAAGAGUCAAAAGGGCACUGGCGGCACGGCUCUGAUUCCCUUCCUCAAGCAGGCGCGGGAUGAGACGGGAGAGCCGGCUGUUGAAGAGUGGACGAAGAGGUUUAUGAAGAGACAGGUGAGGAAGGAAGGCAGCGGCGAUUUCUUCUUGGGCAAAGAAGAUGAAGGCGCUCCCUCGGAAACAGAAGAUGUCGAAGUCAAAGGUCUCGCCGGGACUUGGACGAUGGAGGAUGAGGUUGGUGGUAUUUGCUCGUAUUAA